AUGAAGACCGUCAUCGCUUCUAUCGCUCUCCCUCUCUUGGCUGCUGCUGCUCCAGCUGCCUGUGUCGCCCCCUCCACUCCCCCAUCCUUCGGUGUGAUGGCCGUUCGCUCCGGCUCCCCCAUCCACUACACACAGAUGAAUGCAGACGGUCAGAAGUUCUGGCUCGGUGGUAGUACCUCUUCAUACUGCCCCGACGUGGAUGGUAUUGUUUGCCCUCCUGGUAACCAGACCAUUUUUGCUUCAGGUGGCAACGCUAUGGACGUCGAAGUUCCUGGUGGUCAGCAGGUCUAUGUUGACCCUACUGGUGCCCUGAGCUUCACUCAGGCUCACUCCGCCUCUAUCCCGGCCGGAUCAGCUGUCGGUGGUCUGUCUUAUGAGGCUGGCUCGCCCUGGAAUCACUACACUUUCAAUGGCUGGGGUGCUACGGGAUUCAUGGCUUGCCCAACUAGCGACAACCGUUGGCAGGUGUUUGCCGCCAUGCAGAACGCUACUGUUCCCUCUGGCGAUGUGGCUGACUGCCUUGGCUUCUCAGCUUUGGCCUUGACAUACACAGGCGGUGUUCCUGCCUGGCAGUAUAUCUAA